AGAUAUCGCACCGGAGCUUUUGAAGGCAAAGAGGGGAAAUCGCCGUUAGUGAUCGCAACGUUUUCCUUUGAUUUCGCUCACGGCAUAGCACCUGCUUCAACAACACUUAUACGUGCAUUACCACGAAAAGAAAAAGAACAGCGUGUUUCGCUCUCAUUUCAAGCCAUGAUGUAUCAACGUAUGGGGGACAAGCUCGAGUCCUCUCGAUGUUUUCGUCAUCUCCCACUCGCGCUGGCCAUCACUCACUUCCUGAUCGUCCUCUUCGUGGUAGUCGCGACACCAGUAGAUGUCUUCAAGGCUCGCAAAAACGCUCGUGCCAGCGGAUGCGCGUCGAUGUUUGGAUGGAAGGAGUGUGGUGCACAUCGCGUUUCGUCCGCGUUCAAGUGCGGCAUUAAAUCGAACAUGGGCGGUGCAGCCGCCUUCGCGAUUAUAUCGAUCUUUGUCACGGUUGCCGCAUUUAUUCUUCUGCUGCUAAGCACGCUGAACGCUUUCAAACGACCAUUGGUGGUGCUCAUCUUGGACGGCGUGGCGUGCUUGACGAUGCUCAUCUCAUGGGCUUGCGUGGCCGGCGCGUACAACCAGGGCACCUGCCUCUCGUUGCCCUAUGGUAGCGUAAGCUACAGCUACAGCUACGCCGGUUCGUUUGGGCUGAUGGUGACGGCGUGGGUGUUUGAGGUGCUGGCCAUUGUGGGCAUGCUCUUCGUGCCGAUGUAA